AUGGGAAGCCGAUAUUGUGUCCAAGGUGUAGGCUCGGGGCUAGCGGUUUCGGUUUCGGUGCAAACGCCGACGAAACCGAUGAUUUGCCUCAAGAAAAUUAACUUUGGGGAUCACGAAUUUCGCAAACGCCAAACACCCUUUUUGCGCAUUGAUAACGCUACACUGAUAACGGUGACUGUCCGUGCAUCUGGGUCCCGCGGUGGUCAUCUUCCCGACCAUCCGCUCCGUUUUUUCACGACACUCGCCCCGCAGCGCGUUAAAAUAUCGAUUUUACCGCCGCAGGACACGUCCUAG